AGCGUCAAACCGAUUCUUUAACAGUUCAUUUGAUUGGUAAAAAAAAAAAUACCGACGAAGCCAACUGUACGAUGGACGGACGUGCUUUUCCCGACCAAGAGCAGCUCCUGCAGUUUCUGAGGAGGCUGAAGGAGGUUUUCGACGUAUGUGACGAGGAUGCUGACGGCUUCAUCCGGGUGGAGCACUUGAUGGACCUCGGUCUUCAGUUCGGUCAAGGAGACGAGGUGAAGAAGUUGACCAGGUACCUUGAUCCUAACGCUCAUGGGAAGAUCAACUUCAAAGACUUUUGCCACGGAGUGUUCGCCAUCAAAGGUUGUGAGGAGAUACUGAAGAUGGCUGUGGGACCUCGCAGUGUUACCUCCAACCAGCAGUCUGUUACUGACAAUGGUUACGUUUACCAGAACGGCGAGGCCAAGCUGGGCCCUCCCAUUAUCAUGUGUUCGCGGGCCUACCCAGAAUGCAGUGCGUAUGGUGAGGGUUGUGGUGCUGACGGGGAGUGUGACAUGGACAGCAGCGCUGAAAACGGCAACAGCUCGGACUCUCUGGACCCAAGACGGCAAGACAGCCACCUGAUUGGCUCUGCGUCUGUCAUCUCCGGGGAGGAGCAGUUUGAGGACUAUGGUGAGGGGGAGGAUGUGGAUUUUACCCCCAGCAGUCCUUGCCCUGAAGAUGACACCCGAACAAAUGGCUUCUCAGACCUGGGAUCUUCCCUUCCCUCCAGUGCUGGGCAGACACCUCAGAAGAUGCGGCAGCUGUAUAACAGUGAGCUGCUGGACAUCUACUGUUCUCAGUGCUGCAAGAAAGUGAAUCUCCUCAAUGACCUGGAGGCUCGACUUCGAAACCUUAAGGCCAACAGCCCUAAUAGAAAGAUUACCAGCACAGCAUUUGGACGUCAGCUUUUCCAGGCCAACCACAGUGUGUUUGGGUCCAGUCAGGGCAGCAGCACCGAGGAUCUGUUCACAGACAGCAUUGACUCCUGUGACCUCGACAUCACAGAGAAAGUCACUUAUCUGGAGAAGAAGGUGACAGAGUUGGAAAGCGACAGUCUGGCUAACGGUGACCUGAAGUCUAAACUCAAACAGGAGAAUACACACCUUGUACACAGGGUGCAUGAGCUGGAGGAGCAGGUGAAGGAUGCAGAGGCGAGGGCAGAGCAGAGUCUGGAGGAGGAGACCAAGCGGCACCGUGAGGCAUACAGCAAGAUGGAGAGGGACAGAAACCAAGAGAUAGACCUGCUCUGUAACAGGGUACAACAGUUAGAGGAAGAGAAUGGAGAGAUGAAGUUAAAUGUGUGCAGACUGAAGUCUCAGACUGAGAAGCUGGACCAGGAGAAGCAGAAGAUGACUGAUAAGCUGGAGGACACGAGCCUGAGGCUUAAAGAUGAGAUGGACCUCUAUAGGAAAAUAAUGGACAAGCUCUGGCAAAACCGCCACGACUUUCAGAAGGAAAAAGAGGCCAUGCAGGAGUUGAUUGAUGAUCUCCGCCGGGAGCUGGAGUAUCUGCAGUAUUUUAAGCUGGAGAUGGAGCAUCCAGGAAAGGGCAAGGGGCUGUCGGAGUACAACGCCAGGACCAGAGAGAUCGAAAUGGAACAUGAAGUCAAGAGACUGAAACAGGAGAACCAUAAGCUACGGGAUCAAAACGACGACCUGAACGCUCAGAUUCUCAGUCUGAGUUUGUACGAGGCUAAGAACCUGUUUGCCUGUCAAACCAAGGCCCAGUGCCUGGCAGCUGAGAUUGACAACGCAUCCAGAGAUGAGCUGGUCGAUGCUUUGAAGGAGCAGGAGGAGAUCAACCUGCGUCUGAGGCAAUACAUGGACAAAAUCAUUCUGGCCAUUCUUGACCAUAACCCCUCCAUCCUGGAGAUCAAGAAUUAAAUGGCACACACGCGCAAACCUUUAAAUUACUGUAGUUGUUGGGAUCUUCCAUUACCUAACAACUGACUUAGCUUGUACUUUUUUUUUUUUUUUUUAAAGUUAUAAUCCUAUUGCUGAAAAAAAUGCCAACCAUGAAUAAUAUCAAAAAGGGGUUUUUGAUUAUUUUAAGGAUUGUAACUUUAAUCUGGAGCCCAAAUUAUGAAUGUCCUAAAUGUUCUCACCACUCAUGACUCAAACUGUGGCUCACAGAUGUACAUUCUCUGGCGCACACACAUACGCACACACCCCCACAUCAGAAAAUCUUCGUUCACUAGAACCAAACCAGCCAAUCACUGUAGAACAACUGUGCCAUGAUUAAUCUAUCAACAGUGUUUUAUAAUUGUAUAUGUGAAACUACUGGAAAAUAUUUGGGAAUGCACGAAGCAGUAUUUUGAUCUUUUAGGCACAGUACCAAUUGUUCAAUACAGUGCUCUACAAUUAUUGAUUUAUAACUGGGCUGUCACUCACUGAGGAUUCAGACUAAAACAGAGGCUAGAUUUAAGGAGUGUGGGACAUAAAACAAUUAGCGAUUUAAAUGUCCAUGCCAGUGUUUUGCAUGUUUUCUACUGUCCAUUUGCCAAAGCAGUGUCCGUUUCACAUUUUGUGAUUUUACCAUCUCACAUGAAACCAUGAGUUUCCUUCACUUCAUGGUGGUAUGAAAAUCAAUUCACCGAGACUUGAAAGUCUUUAUCAUUGUCAAAAUCUGAAUAUUGUGUGGCAAUGCAGAGUAGAUUUUUCGAACCAUUAUGCAUUUAUAAAUGCAAGUUGACUUUCAUACUGUAUGGGAAUGAGUGGAAGCAUCAAAGGAACACUUAAAGGAAUGUUCAAAAUGUGGGGAAUUGGAUUAUUUCUCAUAUCUUUAAGUACGUAGAAGGUGGUUAGCUUAACAGAAAGACUGAAAGUAGGGGGAAAUGGCUAGCUGUAAAAUAACAAGUUGUAGUUUUUAAGGGACUCAUGGUUUGGAACUUUUUCUUGAUAAGUUUGUCCCUCCGCACAGAACUAUUAAAAAUCUGAAACGAAAGAUCUGUAAAAUGGUCAAAUAAAAAGUAAAGUAUUUGUAUAAAUGUAGUAGAUGGAUGUAUAAACACUGACACUGGCCUUUUUAAGUGACACACUCAAGUUCUCUGUUUUUAGCUUCUAAACCUUUAAUUUGGCUGUCUCAGUACAACUGAAUGUCUAUAUUUUUAGUAGCUAUGUCAUUGAGCCUGUGAGGUGCAAGUUAGUGCUGUGUUAAACCAGUAUGGGUUUCUGAAGACCACUUAUGAUAAGGGUAUUUAAAGGUGCCAAGAGCCAGUAUUAUGUGCCAAAUCCUAACAUGUUUACUUUUUCACUCACUCAAAGGCACUCUGUAGAGAUUUUGACCAAUACAGUAGUAGUGCUGUGGAGCAGUGUUGUUUUGUAUUGUACAUGCACGUGGCCAACACGACGUAUAUGCUGCUGUUGGUUUGACACUAUUACGCUGAUCAACAGUUGGUGUUGGUAAUUAAACGCAGGGAACAAAGGCAGUGACGAAGACUGCAAGUUAGCAAACAUGGAUGUAAGCUAUGGAGGACAAAAUCAGCUUUGUAAAAGGGGAAGAAAAUGCACUUAAUGUUUUAUUAGACCUGAAGGGGAUGUUCUUUUUGGUGUGUAACACUAACCAAACUUUGUUAGAAGAAAACUCUACAGGCCACCCAAGUACAGUUCGUUCAGUUACUUAGCCUAUUACAAACAAAAUGUCAGAAAUCCGAUAUUGAUAUGUAUUAAUUAGGAUUGGUUCCAAAUAUUGAGAAAAAUUUCAUACUUUAACUUUCUAGCGCUCUUCAGGGGGAAAAAAACUUAAUAAGCAACCUACUGAUUUCAAACGGAAACGCAGUUGAUUUCUGCUUUUGGUGUGAAAGGGAACCACUUUAUUCUACCAAUGUUGUAAAUUAGUCUCACUUUAAAUAAUUGAACCUCAAUAUAUAACCUAAAUAUUUUUUCACAGAUCCUUACACCCAACUAGAUAAUCUAGCCAAACACACUAAAAAUGUGUCACAGUGAGGAGAGCAGUAUUAUAGUGAGCACUAUAUUAAGUUACAAAUGAAAGUUUUGCUCCAUUGCACAAAUUGUUUACCUGGUCAUUCUUUUUCAUAGAUUAUUUGCUUGUUCUUUCACAGGUUCUGUGCAUUUGCAUAAAAGCUAUGAGACCAUAUUUAAGCAGACAAGCUGUGAUUGUCAGUUGUUGCCAUUGAGCUUUUUUAUAUAUUGACAUUCUUACUUUGACACAGUAUUUGUGAUUACAUAAAUUGUAAAUGUUGUACAGAAUGUAGUUACUAUUUAUGUGCAAGUCAUUCUGCUUAUUAAAAAGUCUCAGUUUUGACACAAAGAAAUGUGUUGUAGAUUAUCAUAUAAACUCAAAUAUAUAUUCUAGCACACUUAAAAGUGUCUUAGCCAAAGUAUUUACCUGUAAUAAUUAUAUUAAACAUGAUGGAAAAAAAUAGUCUGUCACAACUUAGACAUGUUCACUUCGAUUUAUUUUACAUGUGUAUCUCACUUGGAAUUAUGGGUGACUGUUAUUCAAGCUAGAUGUGUAAAUAAAAUCCAUUCACUUUGGCAUGACAAAGUCA